AUGGUCCAAACUGAACGCAUGAAUGAAACAACGUGCCCAAACCAGCUGGUGGGACGGUUGCAUGGUAAGAAUGGGGUGGAUGCCUGCCUCAUCUUUGUCUUCUCUGCUCAUGUGCAUACUCCACGUUUCCUUGGAGUUCACCUUUACAGGUUUAAAGAUAUAGUUAUUAAGCACUUCAAGAGGCCAGAGGGGCUCUCUGGACGACAGGACAAGUACUCGGUGCUCUUACCCACGUGUAAGUACAAUGAGCGUGAGAACCUGCCGCUCAUUGUGUGGCUGCUGGUGAAGAGCUUCUCCAAGACUGGAAUCAACUAUGAAAUUAUAAUCAUAGAUGAUGGAAGCCCAGAUGGAACAAAGGCUGUCGCUGAACAGUUGGAAAAGAUCUGUGGACCAGACAAAAUUCUAAGACCACGGGAGAACAAGCUGGGACUAGGAACUGCAUAUAUUCAUGGAAUGGAACAUGCCACAGGAAACUAUAUAGUUAUUAUGGGUGCUGAUCUCUCACACCAGAAGCAAAAAGAGGGCAAUUUUGAUAUUGUCUCUGGAACUCGCUACAAAGGAAAUGGUGGUGUAUAUGGCUGGGAUUUGAAAAGAAAAAUAAUCAGUCGUGGGGCCAAUUUUAUAACUCAGGUUUUGUUGAGACUAGGGACACCUGAUUUAACAGGAAGUUUCAGAUUACACCAAAAGGAAGUUCUACAGAAAUUAAUAGAAAAAUGUGUUUCUCAGGACUAUGUCUUCCAGAUGGAGAUGAUUGUUCUUACAAGACAGAUGAAUUAUACUAUUGGUGAGGUUCCAAUAUUUGUGGAUUGUGUUUAUUGUGAAUCCAAGUUGGGAGGAAAUAAAAUAGUCUCUUUCUUGAAAGGAUUGUUGACUCUUUUUGCUACUAAUGAAAGAAAGUGGGGGCAGUUCCCAGAUCGGAUCUCCGGGGCCAGUGGAUUUUCACAGAAAUCACCAGCGCUACGACCACCUGUGCAGAAAUCAGAGCCUUGGGCUCGGCCAGCUGACCCUGCAAUGAGGCCUCUGAAACUGAUGAAAAUCAUGGAGCUGCUGGCCUCGAGCCAAGAACUCACCGCACAGCAUCAGGGGAAUGACCGCAAGGUCAUGUGUAUAGAAAAACAACAUUUUACAAGUAUGCACCAUGAACAAGCCAAUAGACCUGGGAACUCUCACUUUAAGCUCUGCUCACCUAGAGGCCAUGAGGCUGAUCAUGAUGGCCCAGAAGACUUUCACGUGGCAGGUGCUACCAAUGGACACCCCUUUCCCAACCUGUGA